CAGCAGCAUGAGGAGGCGGUAUAGGGGCCCAUGGCAGAUUAGGGGCCUGGCAGCAGCUAUGGGAGGCCCGUAAUCUGCCAGCACCCUAUGUCAAAAAAUGAACACACACCAGCAGUGUGAGGAGACCUGAAAGUGGCACAUGGCAGAGUGUGGCGAUGGAGACAGCAGCAAAUGGGAGGCCGUACAGGGACCCAUGAGAGACUGUGGACCUGGCAGCAGCAUGGCAGAGUGUGGCGAUGGAGACAGCAGCAAUGGGAGGCCGUACAGGGACCCAUGAGAGACUGUGGACCUGGCAGCAGCAUGA